AUGAGUUUGUUUGAGUGGGUGUUUGGAAAGAAUGUCACUCCGCAAGAAAGGCUAAAAAAAAAUCAAAGGGCUUUAGAAAGAACACAGAGGGAACUUGAAAGAGAAAAGAGGAAACUGGAACUGCAAGAUAAAAAGCUUGUAUCAGAAAUUAAAAAAUCGGCAAAGAAUGGGCAAGUUACAGCAGCGAAGGUUCAAGCAAAAGAUUUGGUGAGAACCAGGAAUUACAUCCAGAAAUUUGACAAUAUGAAAGCUCAACUUCAGGCCAUAUCAUUGAGAAUACAGGCCGUUCGAAGUAGUGACCAGAUGACACGUUCUAUGAGCGAGGCCACUGGCCUGUUGGCUGGAAUGAACAGAUCAAUGAAUCUACCUCAGUUGCAAAGGAUAUCUAUGGAAUUUGAAAAGCAAAAUGAUUUGAUGGGUCAAAGGCAGGAAUUUAUGGAUGAAGCUAUUGAUAACGUUAUGGGCGAUGAGGUGGAUGAAGAUGAAGAAGCAGACGAAAUUGUAAAUAAAGUCCUGGACGAGAUUGGAGUGGAUUUGAAUUCACAGUUGCAAAGUACGCCUCAAAAUCUGGUUUCCAAUGCACCAGUUGCGGAAACAGCAAUGGGGAUUGCAGAACCUAUUGGUGCCGGAUCAGAAUCUCACGGUAAUCCUGACGAUGACUUGCAAGCUCGGUUGAACACUUUGAAGAAGCAGACCUGA